AUGCCAACAAUGUUUUCUCUGAAGGUUAAUAGUGGAUUUGCAAUGACGUCUGGGUUUAAAGACCUUCAUCAAUCAAGCACUCUGCCUUCUAUUUCAGAUGCACACUUAUUCCCUGUUGGUGUCAGAAAGGCAGGGGAUGAAGUCAGAGCCGAGCCCCGGAGGAGGAAGGCAAUGCAUGGCAGCAGUCCAGACAUGGACCAAGAGGCCAAGGCCCGGCGUCAGGCUCAGCUCGAUCAGCGCCAUCUAGAGGCCUACGGGAACAUGCACCGUCUCCGAGAUGCUCUCUAUCGCCGCUAUGCUGCCCUGCUCAGAGACAAGGUCCACUCACAGCGAUUACUGCUGCAGCAGAGAGAUGAGACAGUCAGGGUAAAGUCAGAGAAUUACACCAAGCAGAAACAAAGGAAGUUGGCUUUCGUCAAGCUGCAGCACAAUGACUCAUACCUGGAGUCCCUCCCUAAAACAAGCUAUUACCUGAGGCAGCUAGCUGAGCACGGACAUCUGAAAACCCACUAUGAUUUGGAGGACUUUUAUGGGCACAUCACAUAUAACUGUCCCCCAUCACAGCUACAGAAAAGUCUGGAGGAUGUCAGGAAAAGGAUGCUGGAAAGCAGACCUGCGAUUGAUUUGAUGACUCAGUACAAGACGUCAGAAAAACACCCCUGCACUGUUGAAGAUAGAGGACACAAGGGCCAUGGCAGAUGGAGACUACCGACAUUGUUAUUAGAACAAGGGUCUGGUUCAGGGGAGAGUUCGGUGGAGCUGAUCUUCAGUGGCAACCAGGAGAAGGAUGAAAUUGAGGGAAUGUUUCCCAAGAUGAAAGCCCCCACAUUUGCAACCCUACAGCCUAACUUCAUGAGGAGCUUCCAGAGCAAGAUGCCUGAUUUGAUUAUCCCUGAGGUUCCUGAGAAGAGCAGGAAAGCAGAGAUUUAUUUGAGGCGGCUGAGACACAUGUAUGCUCUUUGUUUAACCAACAUGGCUGUCUCCCAGAGACUGCUGGACAGGGAGACAGACUCACUGUGCUGGCAGGAGGAGGGAGGCAACCAAGAUUUGAUGCUUCCAAGCAUUGAGUCCAAACAAGGGAAGACAGGCAAAACCAACCAGCUGCCCCCCUGCUCUCUGAAACAGCCGAAAGUUAUCCAGAAUGACCGUCUGUCAUCUCCUCGGCAUCUUAGCAGAACAACCUCAGCCAGCCACCAAUGUUCUGAGACUCCGGUUUGGGACACAGCAGUGUGCUGCCGUAAAACACCUGAUCCUUUAUCCAUUGAAGACGUGUGUCAACAAAAGCAUGUAGAGGUAAUUGACUGUGGGUUUAAGCUCUGGAGAAACUACACAGUAAACACAGAUCACUGAAGAUAUUGCCAUCUCUUUAUGGGGAAUAUGUGCAGUUAUUAUUAUGUUGGUUAUCUAUAAUAUGCAGUUUGUGGAUUCAUUAAUGUCUGUCAACUGUGAGAGAUACUUUUUUCAUUUUCUUUACAUUACCACCAUGUGUUUAUUCCAUGUCAUACUGAUUAGCUACUAUUGUAUACGUUUAUACUGUAAUAUAACAAUGCUACAUGACAUCUUCUUAUAGGCGACAUAGGCAGCAGCUGAGGGGCACCACCCAGAGGGUAGAUUAAAUAAAAAAAAAAAAUGCUGUUGUGACAUUCAAAAACAUUAAACAUAAGGGAAAUGGUGGAGUGGAGUGUGUGUGGAAAGCCUUAGAGAAAGUGAAAAGGUGAUC